CUCCGGGGGCCUGUCGGGAGCUGGACUUGGACUGUAGCUUCCGAGGCCGGCGCUCCCCGAGAGGCAUGGAGCUAGUAGACGUGUAAGGGGCCAUGCCGCCGGGUGUUCGGGCCUGUCACGCUUCGCCCCCCGGCCGCCGCGCCCCGCGUCCGCGCCGGGAUGGUGAACUUGGCGGCCAUGGUGUGGCGCCGGCUGCUGCGGAAGAGAUGGGUGCUUGCCCUGGUCUUCGGGCUGUCGCUCGUCUACUUCCUCAGCAGCACCUUGAAGCAGGAGGAGAGGGCAGUGAGAGAUCGGAGUCUCCUCCAGGUUCAAGACCAUGAUCAGCCCAUUCCUUGGAGAGUGCAGUUUAACUUGGGCAAUAGCAGUCGGCCAAGCAAUCAGUGUCGCAACUCCAUCCAGGGGAAACACCUCAUCACAGACGAGCUGGGCUAUGUUUGUGAGAGGAAGGACCUGCUGGUGAACGGCUGCUGUAACGUCAACGUCCCUGGCACGAAGCAGUACUGCUGCGAUGGCUGCUUGUCCAACGGCUGUUGCAGCACCUACGAAUACUGCGUCUCCUGCUGCCUGCAGCCCAACAAGCAACUUCUCCUGGAGCGCUUCCUCAAUCGGGCAGCCAUGGCUUUCCAAAACCUCUUCAUGGCGGUGGAAGAUCACUUCGAAUUGUGCCUGGCUAAAUGCAGGACCUCAUCCCAGAGUGUGCAACAUGAGAACACCUACCGGGACCCCAUAGCAAAGUUCUGCUACGGAGAGAGCCCACCCGAGCUGUUCCCUGCAUGACAGGUGCUGCAGGCUUGGGGAGCAGGAGUGAGGAAGCCCCCGCUGUUGAACUUGGCACCUGGAGCUGGACUGUAGCAUUGAGGCAAGAAGACAGGCAGCGCGAGGAGACCUUGGCUGUGACCGUCCUUGUCACUUGCUACCUGGGCACCAUCAGAUGGACGUCCUUCUAUGAAGCAUCCUGGAGUCCCCACUGGUCUGGUUCCCCAAGGACUGACUGCGGACUUGGCAUGGCCAGCGGCCUUCUGAGAAGACAAUGGGCUGUGUGGGAACCUGUGACUUGUGCUUGUCUGGGGCCAGGUGUUCACCUCCAACAGUUUUCACUUAGGACUCUGUAAAAUUAUUUAUUGGAUUUCUUUGGAAUAAUGGAAAAAUUAUAUUGUUUUAUGUAGGAGCAUACCUUGUUGCUCUAGUCAAAUACAUUCAAGGAGAUUUU